UUCUAAGUCUAGAAGAGGCAUUGUCGUGUGUUACGCCACCUAUCAGGUAUUCUCUGAAUGCUACUACUUCGACGACUACUACGCAGGUAGACUGUUCUAGUCGGCCAACACGAGUACUGCUUUGGGAAACAUUUUUCGAGGAAGGUGUUCGCGACGCUUUCAACAACAAUAUUUGUAUGGUAUUAAAUGUGCUUAUGGCGUCAUAUUACGACUUUUCGAGACGGCCAACUGCUGCUCCUGGUAUAGAGGAUUUCACUUGCUACUAUGCUCAAAAAGUAUUGAUCUUGUCGAUUGAGAUCAAGAGGGGACUCGUUUUACAAAACAUUGGCGGACGAGUAUUUCCAGACUUUUAUGACUCGGACAAUAAAGCAAAGAUGGUAAUUCAACAGAUUUAUAACUAUAUGACUUUCAAUGAACUUCAAUACGGUGUACUCUCCACUUAUAAUGAACACUGGUUUCUGCGCCGACCGGCGGAUACUCCAGCAGUGCUUUUGAUUUCAAAAACUCUUUCAUCGCAGUCAGAAUCUCCAUCGGUACUUAAGGCUUAUGCAUAUAUAGCUUUGCAAGCAAGAGCUCACCCCAAUUCUUCCAACCUUAAUGUAAUUCCGGACGUUACAAAUCAGCCAUAUCAACAGAAUUUUAGCUUUGCGGACUUUAAGUUUAAGCAUAUAUUAGGUCAAGGACGAAGUGGAAAGACACUCCUAUCUGAAUUCC